AUGGAGCGAUGCUCAUCAAUCGAACUUCGUCGAUCUCUAUCGAAAAUGUGCCUACUGCUUCUUCUUUCAUUUUUCACAACAAUUAUAAUUAAUAUUUUAUUACCAAGUUUUAUUUCCAAAACUCAAACAUCGCCAUCAGUCAGUCUACUUGCAUCAAGUCAUAUAUUCUUUCCAUCGGAUUUAAUUCCUUUACAUUAUUCUCAACAACAUCAUCAUGAAUUACAAACACAUUAUGAAAAACAAGAUUUAUCAGAUAAAAGACGAUCAUAUAUAAAAGAUCAAUCACAACAGAAGAAUGUAUCGAAUGACCUUCGCCAAGAAGCUGAAACAGCACUUCAUGUAGCACUUGAUUUGAUCAAAUCAAAUAAAGUUAAAAAGGCACGAAAAGUAUUUGAACAUGCUUUAAUACUUGAUCCUCAUAAUUCAGAAAUACUUGUUGAAUAUGGACAAUUUCUUGAAUAUUAUCAUAAAGAUUUAAUACGUGCUGAACAUUUCUAUACUCGUGCACUUGUUAAACAACCAGAUCAUUUUCGUGCAUUAGAACUUAAAAAACGAACAUUACCAUUAGUUCAAGAAAUUGAUCAAAAACAUUUUACAUUUAUUGAUAAUCUUCUUAAAGAAUUUUAUCGUAUUCCAGAUACAAAUCCAUAUUUAAGACGUGCUAAACGUGAUGCUUAUUAUUUACAUAUUUAUCAUUCCAAUGGUAUUGAAGGUAAUACAUUAGAUCUUCGUGAAACACGAUAUAUUGUUGAAACACGUAUGGCUGUUGCUGGAAAAUCUCUUGUUGAACAACAAGAAGUACUUGGUCUUGAUUUAGCUUUACAAUAUGUUAAUUGUACAUUAGUUAAUCGUCUUGGUACAAUAACACGUGAAGAUAUUCUUGAAAUUCAUCGUCGAGUUUUAGGUUUCGUUGAUCCAAUUGAAGCUGGUCAAUUACGUCAACAUCAAGUAUAUGUUGGAUCAUUUAUUCCACCAUCAGCAACAGAAGUUCCCGAAUAUCUUGAUGAUUUUCUUCAAUGGCUUAAUUCAUUAGAAGAUACAGAAGAUCUUCAUGCUAUUGAAUUAGCUGCUAUAGCACAUUAUAAAUUUGUUUAUAUUCAUCCAUUUAUUGAUGGAAAUGGUCGAACAGGACGUUUAUUAAUGAAUUUAAUUCUAAUGAGAUCUGGUUUUCCACCGGUGAUUAUCGAGAAAUCUGAACGUUUUAUUUAUUAUUCAUAUUUAGAUCAAGCAAAUAAUGGAGAUGUUCGACCAUUAAUACGUUUUAUAGCAAAAUGUACUGAACGAACUCUAACAAACUUUAUUCAUCAAUCACUACCAACAAGAACUACUGGUCAAGAAUUAAAAUUGAAUGAUGAUGUUGAUGAUGAUGAUAAUGAAAGCAAACUUAUGAACGAUCGAGUAAUUAUGGUUGAUUAG